CUAGAAGUCGCACUCCAUAUACUUCGUGAUCAAAAUCAAAGAGAUCUCUAUCCUGUCUUAUCUUUUCUUAACCCUAUUACUCGUUCAACUUUCUUCGACAUCUUCAUAAUGGCUACAGAUACUGAUAUCAUUAUUAUAGGAGGCGGUAUGUCCGGCAUAGGGCUUGCCAUACAACUCAAACGCCGCUACAAAUCUGCCACAUUUGAGAUCUAUGAAAAAUCGAACGAUAUAGGCGGCACUUGGGCUAUCAACACGUAUCCAGGAUGUGGGGUUGAUGUUCCUAGCCACUUCUAUUCUUACUCUUUCGCUCUGAACCCGGACUGGUCCAGAAAAUUUCCGAUGCAACCAGAAAUCCUCGCCUACUUUAAGAGAGUGGCAAAGACCUUUGGCAUUGACAAUCAUAUCAGACUGAAAUGCGCAAUUCAAAAAGCGCAGUGGGAAGAGAGCUCCAAUUCCUGGACAGUGUCAAUCUAUGAUUCGUCUUCUAAGACAAUAUUCCAAAGAAGAUGCAAGGCUCUGGUUUCUGCUGUUGGUGCUCUCAGCACGCCAAAAGAGUGUGACAUUCCUGGAAAGGAAAACUUUGAAGGAAAGAUCUUUCACUCGUCUAGAUGGGAUCACUCAUUCAAUCAUGCCAAUAAAAAAGUUCUUGUUCUAGGAAACGGGUGCAGUGCUACACAAUUUGUCCCGGUCAUAUCUGAAACAGCGAAAUAUGUCUAUCAAGUUUCUCGCCAGCCACAUUGGCUUCUGGAGAGACCAAACCCUAUAUACUCUAAUACAUUCAAGAUGUGCAUGCGCAUUCCAGGAGUCAUGCGACUGCUUAGGGCGAAAAUAUAUGCUGAACUAGAAGCGGAAUGGACAAUGUUUGAAACAGAUACUGGCGCAAAAGCUAGACAGAAACUUGGGGAAGCAUCCAAGGAGUACAUCAGAAAAAAUGCUCCAGCAAAGUACGUGGAUGCACUGAUCCCAAAAUUCGAAGUUGGCUGUAAACGACGUGUCUUUGACACAGAUUAUUUAAAGUGUCUUCAUCAAGACAACGUUGAGCUGAUAUCGAAAGAUGGCGUCGAACGGAUAACCAAAAACGGGGCAGUCUUCAAAUCAGGAAGGGAGAUCGGGGUAGAUGCAAUUAUUCUCGCAACAGGCUUUGAGACAACUACACUUCUUGCUCCACUCGAGAUAAUUGGACGUGAGGGUAUCAGCAUCAAUCAACAUUGGAAAAAGCAUAACGAAGGUCUCCCACAAGCAUAUUACGGCACUUGCAUUUCCGGCUUCCCAAACUUCUUCAUAAUGAUGGGGCCGAACACCGUUAAUGGCCAUUUAUCUGUCAUAUACUCAAGCGAAUGCCAAAUCAACUUCGCCUUACGUAUGCUUGACCCUGUUCUCAACUCGAUCCAUAAGAAGUGGUCGAUUUGGCCAAGUCGGAGAGACAUUGCAACAGUUGAAAUUAAGCAAGAGGCAGAAAAGGCUGAGAACAGCUGGAUUCAGAGAAGAGCGAAAGAGUUGGUCUGGUCAUCGGGUUGUACGAAUUGGUACGUGGAACCACAGACAGGGAAGAACCUCAUGGUGUAUCCUCAUUGGCAAUGGCACUAUUGGCUGCGGAGCAUAUUCAUACGCCGGGAUGAUGUUCUGUACACUUCAAACGAUGGGAAACAGAUUUUCUCUCACGUUUCGCUUUGGUGGAUGUUGAUUUCAGCGGUGACGAGCUUGUUGGGACCAGUCCUGAGGGUGACAACAAAAAAGCCUUGA